GUUUCCGUAAUUAUGUUUAACUAUAGUCAUGUGACAGUGCAAAAUGGAGGAAUGUAUGAGGGGACGCGGACGCAUAUGAAAUAUUUAACUUAAAAGAUGGAGAUAUCGGGCGUGAAAGUGUUAGUUUUAACUGGACUAUUUUUAAUGACGAUUAUAUUGGGUCUUUUACCACUCAGAAUCGUCAGCUAUUUACGAAAUCGGAGUGGAAGGAACGUGGAUUUGCAUCAACAGGCUGUGUAUAGAAGAACGAUUGGUCUGCUGAACUGUUUUGCUGCAGGCGUUUUCUUGGCGACUGUUUUCCUUGACCUAUUACCCGGUGUACGAAGCAGCUUGACAAAAGCUUUGAAAGCUCUGCAGGCAGACGUUACAUUCCCAAUCGCUGAGUUUGUUAUGAGUUUUGGUUUGUUUAUUAUUUUGGGAGUUGAACAAGGCGUUUUAACAUACAAAGAAAACCAAAUAAACAAUGAAGAUGCUGUGAAGAGGCCAUUAUUGGCCAAUGAUCAUGAUAGAUAUGACAGGCAGCAAAGUUUAACAGAAUCGGUCAGAAGUGAGCAUUCCAUAUCAGGUAUAAGUGAUGAACCCUUUCAGAAUACACAACAGAGUUCCAGACCACUUGAAAAUAAUACAGUUUUAUUGGAUGAAGAGGACCAUGGUGAAUCCCAUGAACACUCACAUGAAAUUAAUUUUCCACAUGACCACUCAAUGCUGAGAUCUCUGCUACUGUUGCUAGCUUUAGCUUUACAUUCACUGUUUGAGGGUCUAGCAGUUGGUCUACAAGAGAAUAUAGAACAAGUGAUCCAAAUUUUUGCAGCUUUGGCUCUUCAUAAAAGCAUUCUUAGCUUUAGUCUGGGAAUGAACCUAGCCCAGAGCAAAAUGACAUUAAAAGGAGCCAUCAAGUCUGUCUUGCUCUUCUCCGUUUCAGCACCUGUUGGUGUGGGGAUCGGGAUUGGAAUUAUUCGCUUGUGGGACUCUGAAGCUUCCAAUCUAGUUCAGGGUAUCCUGCAAGGCAUUGCAUGUGGGACGUUCUUAUACAUUACAUUCUUUGAAGUCUUACCUCAUGAAUUCAAUAAUUGUGAUGCAAGAUUGUUAAAAGUGAUAUUUUUACUUCUUGGAUUUGCUGCAGUGACUGCCAUUGUUUAUUUUCAUCACUGAGAAGAAUCCUUGGAAAAUUUGGACCAGGUAUUAGAGCUUGCUAAUGCCUACAUAUACCAGGUAUCCACGUGAAGAAAAUGUGAGCCUUGAUGUGCAUUUAACAUGUUUAAACAAUAAUUUCUUUUUAUAUGCACAGUGUACUGUAUACAUUUUAAUUUUAUUUUAAAUCUUAGUUAAAUUUAAAUGAUAUUUGAAUGUUAAAUAUAAAAUACAUACAAUAUGUUAUUUUGUAUAAAUCUGUGGGUUAUCAUCUCUCUGAAAGGUGCUAGUUGUAAUGGUUAUCUUAUAUAACUUUAUAUAUUGUGGUUACCAGGAUACGAUGUCAUCAUGUUAAUGUAUAAAUACAUUUGUUAUGUUCAUGCAUUUACUCACAGAUUAAGAUUGACUUUUUAUGUUUGCUACUUUCACUUUAACAAUUUAUAACAAGGCAUUCUAGUCACAAACUUUCAUAAUGUUUGCCUUUUGAACCUAAAGGUUUAUCUUUGACAAUGGGAAUAAGAAUAGUGAGUGUAACUUUACAUUCCUGACAUUAAGUACAGCACAUUUUGAUGACAAUUAUACUGUAACAAAAAAUCUCAACAUUGAAACAACUUCACUUGUUUAGGGGAGGGAUAAUUCUGUGGAUACUAACUGGUCAAUGCAUUUUAUCAUCAUAUAUGAUAUAUUAAUAUAUAUAUAAAAGCACGAAAACCCAACAACACCCUACCUUCUUAAAGUGUCAGAUCUAAGGAGAUACAAGGCCAGUAAAGAAAUUUAUAAAAAGCACUGAAAAGGCGACACUGUUGUGGCCUUUUCAUUGCUUAUAUAUAUAUAUAUAUGUAUAUAUAUAUAUAUAUAUAUAUAUAUAUAUAUAUAUAUAUUUAUACACAGUUGUGUUUGAUACAGAUUAUGAUUUUUUUCUUUUUUGCUUCUUUAUAAUACAUGUAUAUAGGAACUUGAAGUAUUAUUCAAAGUGAGUUAGUGUCAUGAGUAUAUUAUUGAAUGAAAACUGUGUGUAUAUUGUUAAUGCCUGUUUGAUUUUUAGUGUGUAAAUAUGAUUUCAUCUCGAGAACAAAAAAGAUUUGCUGGAUGUUUUAUAAUUUAUUUUUUUUAAAACUUAAAAGCCUGAAAAAUGGCAAUGAUUAAAAGUAACUGUAAGGUAAAGAUUCUGUCAGUAGAUAAGACAUAAGACUUUUGGGGAUUGAAUGAAUUUCUCAUUGCUUCAAUUGUUUUGGAAAGCUUUGGCAGAUCACCAUUUGUGUCUCAGAGCACACUUCACUUGUUAAAAAAGUUUAGCACCAGUGAGCUUUACUGAUUGAAAUUUGUCUACAGUCGUCUAUUUCUCUUUUGUAUGUUAACUUUUCAUAUUUUUGGCUUCUCAAGAGAAACGCUAAACUAGUUAGAACUACCAAACUUCCCUCAAGGCAUCCUUGGGCAAAAGGGAUUUGUGUUUAUUCAAUGAAGAAUUCGUCUUUUCAAAACCAGUGAUCCAGAAAAGUUAAAACUAGUAUGAAAGCUUCCUUCCAUAAUGAAGAUUCAAGUUUGUUCAAACCAUAAGCCCUGGGGCCAUGUCAGGGUUACAAUGGGAUGAGGCCAGGGUUAAAAGUUUUAGAUAGGAAGAUGUAGGAAAUUCUUUAAGAAUCUACUUUUCAAGAACCAGAAAAGUGUCCCCAUGAUGUAGUGUAGAUUCAUGUUCAUUUUCGCUAUCACCCCUGGGCCAGGGUAGGACUACAAUUGGGAUUUCAAUUUUUACUCAGUAAUACAUGUAAUGAAAUUCUUUUUUGAAAAUCCUCUCAAGAACCACAAAGAUACAAUUUGUCAAUUGAAUAUCUGUUCCACCUUGGCCUCUCUGGGGUGUUUGUGAGAAGAGGACAAUAUAUAUUUAUAUAAUACUUAAUGGUCGUGGUAGAGCGUUUGCUUUGCAACCUGGGGGUCAUGAGUUCGAGCCCCACUCAUGCAAACUUGACUGGGUCUUUUGAUUAUCACCUUAAAAAAAGGACAACCCACACAAACCAUGUUGUGGCAGGCAUUUAUAUGUUAAAGAACUCUCACUGCUACGGCCCUGACUGCUAAGCAUAUGUCUGAAUUUAUGGUACUUCAUUUGCAGCUGUAACUAUUUUAAUGUGGUAUAAAUUCAAGUUGUUUACAUUAAUAUGGGGCCAGAGCAGCUGCAUUUAUUGUAAAAAUCUUCUUUUCAAGAAUGACACAUGUACAAUUUGUCAAAUUACUAAGUAUGUAGAGCAAGUAAUCUGUGUAUAUGUGUACAUCCAAAUGUGUUCAUAAAUUGUUGGGUCUAGAACUCAAGGCCACAGUAUAGGAGCUUCAUUUGUUUCUUAGGAAUCUAUAUUUAUUUUUAUAAAAACAUCAUUCACAAGGAUGCAAUAUGUGUGUGUGAAAUCCUUGCGUAGUGUGAUUUAACAUAAGUCUGUCGACUGUUCCACCUUGGCCUAUGGGGUCUUAGUGAGAAGAUGUAUAAAUAUAAUUUGGCAUCAUUCGCAUGUAAUGUGGAUUCAAGAAUGAUUGUCUACAACAUGACCCCUGGGUCAGGAGAAGGGGUUAGUUAAAGUUUAACAAAGAAUUUAAAUAACUAGAAAACUUUUUAAUUCAACAAUAGUCUUUUCCAGAUUGAACCACAAGGGCACAAUAGUGUAAAGUGAUAUGCUUUAUCUUGUAGAUUUCAUUUACCAUGACCCCCCCCCCCCCCCCCCCCCCCAUACAUGUAGGCUGUAAUAAGGACUUCAUAUGACUGUUAUUGAUAUGAGUACACAAGAAAUAUUUUAAUGUAGUUUUUAUAUCAUUAAAUAUUUCAUUUCUUAAAAAUUAUUUGUUAGUACUCUAACAAUGAACCCAACUUUAUAUGUCAGAUCUUUUACCCCUUUCAAAAGAUCUUUUAUCCCUUACAAGUUUCAUCAAAUUCAAAGCAUGCAAUCAUGAAAAACACGAGAGAUGACAUGCAUGCUACACACACACACACACACACACACACACACACACACACGUUAUAGAACAACUGAGCAUUCAUAUAUUUUGUUUUAGUAAAUGGUAAAAGGGAUUUAUGUAUUUAGCAUUAUAUAUAAGUAUUAGCUUUAUCUUGUUAUGCAUGAAACUUUUAUAUUGUUUUACAUGAAUUAUAUUUCAAUAAAUUGUAUUCUUCA